AAGCAAGAUUAUCAGCUAUUAUGAUUCAAUAUGCCUCGUUAGUUUCGCGACAAACUCGUACUGGAUAACACGCGCCGAACCACGUGUGUCGGAAAAAACACGUGUCUAUUGACCAUACGAAAGUUGACAUACUGACUGGAUACACAAACGCGUCAAAUGGGUGGAAUGCUAAGCCAGCUGUGGUGGAGUGGAAACCCCGAUGUUGUGAACCCAGAGUCAGGGUUGACCCGACGUGAAAUCUAUGCCGUGCAGAAAUCAUGGAUUCCAGUAUACGCCAAUAAUGUUGCUGUUGGCUCAGAACUUUUAAAAAGAUACUUCCGCGCGUACCCAGAAGGAAAACAAUUCUUCCGAAUGAUAAAGGAUUUAAACGAAGAACAAUAUGAUAGCAACAUACAGUUCAGAGCACACGUCAUAAGCUUAAUGACUUCCCUCAACCUUGCCGUUAACACCCUCAACCAACCAGAGGUAGUGGCGGUUCUGAUGAAGAAACUUGGUGAAUCGCAUGCGAAAAGAAAGAUACAGAAGAAAGAUUUUCAAGAUUUAAAAGGCGUCAUUGUGAAGAUGUUCAUUGAAGUGCUGAAACUUGAUGACGCAACACUCGGCGCUUGGGUGAAGACUAUCGAGUUCUGGUACAAGAACAUCUUCGAAACAUUAACAACUGCAGAAAGCCAGAGUUGAUAACUGAAUCUAUACAUAAUAUAAUAUGUAUAUUUACAUAUUUUAAUAUUUAGACUAUCGUGGGCUAUUUCCAUUAUAAGAUAGGUUGUUCGGCUGUACUCACGUAUUUAGUCGAUUUAAACUAGACUAGUACUACUUAGACUAGUUUCGAACCGGGGUCCGUUUUCAUAGGGACUCAGGACGAUGUGCGUCGCGGUUGAGACUUGAGACAUCGACUAAAUACGUAAGUAUAGUUGUAACAACCUAUACUUAUAUCUAUUUACUACAUUUUUUUUUGUAAAUGAACAUAGAGAAGUAGGUAUAGUAGGUAAGUACUUUAGUUUUUCUUAGAUGACCUAAAAGACAAACUGCA